AUGUUGAAACGCAUUGUAACCCUUGGCAAUUUGUUUCGAGGUUGGUAAGACGGUGAAAUCCGAACCCCUCCAUCAAAGUGAAGAAAAGAGAAGUAGGCUCUACGGUUUUCGCGAGUAAGUGUGGGUCAGAAUUCAAAAUCCGAAUCAGCAACUCCAAUUCAAAACCGGUUAUCCGAAUCGAAAUUUAUAAAAGUACCAAAUCCUCUGUGACUGCUAGUUAAUCAGAGAGAGUAGUGAGCCAAAGCCGGGAAGUUAAACUUGGUUGCAUGCGAAGAGCAAGAAAUAUGAGACCAAACAUCGUUUCUGAGGCCGGGUUGCCUACUAGGAUGAGUCAAUGGUGGGAAAGCAUUCCGUUUCUCACUUCUGCAGUGGUGGUUGUCUGUGGAAUCAUUUACUUGGUUUGUCUUUUGGUUGGAUAUGAUUCCUUCAACGAGGUUUGCUUCUUGCCGUCUGCGGUUGUUUCGCGGUUUCAAGUUUACCGGAUUUAUACCUCCAUUCUUUUCCACGGUUCACUGCUUCAUGUUGUCUUCAACAUGAUGGCUUUAGUUCCCUUGGGCUCUGAGCUGGAGAGGAUCAUGGGCUCAGUUCGCUUGCUUUAUGUCAUUAUUUUGGUGGCUACAAGCAAUGCCAUAUUCCAUGUUCUCAUAGCACUGCUGGUGGCACACAAUCCUUUACUUACAUAUGAUUACCUCAUGAAUGAGUGUGCGAUAGGCUUCUCAGGAGUUCUGUUUUCAAUGAUUGUUAUAGAGACAAGCCUGAGUGGAGUUCAAUCGAGGAGUGUGUUUGGAUUGUUUAAUGUGCCUGCCAAGUGGUAUGCAUUCUUUUUGUUGGUAGUGUUCCAGCUUCUCAUGCAAAAUGUCUCACUUCUUGGGCACCUUUGUGGCAUUUUAUCUGGGUUUGCAUAUACAUAUGGCUUGUUUAAUUUCCUCAUACCUGGGACAUCUUUUUAUUCUUCCAUUGAAUCCUCCUCUUGGCUUUCAUCAUGUGUGAGACGUCCAAAAUUUAUUGUUUGCACUGGUGGAAAUCCUUCGGGUUAUAUUCCUACACAGACAAGCCAAAAUUCAACAACCAGUGGAUUACUUUCUGGAAAUAUUUGGAGGAACCUAUCAUCAUUUAUGCCUCAAAGGGAAGUGUCUGCUCAGUCAACAGAGGAUAUUAGGUUCCCCGGGAGGGGAAGGACCCUUGGUGCCGUUCAAGGUCAAACUGCUUCUCAUCUCCAUUCAGAUUCAAACCUUCAAGCUAGACUUUUGGAGGAUAGCAGUCCCAAUAGUCCUUUAGAUUCAUCCACUCCUAGUAAUACUCAACAGUUGUCAGAAGGAAGGCAUUCAGUUGACGAUGUAGCUACAGCAGCUGCUGGUGUUCCACAGAAUCAGGGUGCAGUUGUUUCGGAAGAAAGGAUUAAAAAACUUGUAUCAAUGGGCUUUGAUAGGACGCAGGUGGAAGUGGCGCUGGCUGCUGCUGAUGGUGAUCUCAAUGUGGCAGUGGAAAUACUCAUGAGCCAGCAGGGUUGAAAAAGAAAGCUUCUCUUGGAUUCUCAACGCGACCUCACUGACACUGUUAAUUGAGUAUGUCAUGGCGCUUUGUUCAAUCAGUGUCUCUGUUUAAUCUUUGGACUACCACUAACAAUUCGCACACACCUGAUAGCCAUGCUAACGCCAAUUAGCAGAAUUGAACAUAUGUAAAUGAUACAAGCAAUGUUUAGGAAUAUGAUGUUAGUUGAAGAAAUAGUAAACAUUUUGUUUAGCUUGAUUUUUUCCCACUUGAACUUGUUUAUACAUACAUAUAUAGAGAAUGCCUCUAAUGCCAUACAAUUUCUAGAUCAUUA